UAGCUUUGCAACUCGCUGGCUUACAGGCUCAGGUUGCUUUAGGUGAUAAUAGUAGGCCAGAAUAUUAUGCUGAUGUAGACAGUUACUUGCCUUACAGAGUAAGUCGGACUAGACCUGAUGAAGUUUGGGUACCUGUUCUAGCGCAGGGGCAUAGGCAAUAUGGAGCUGGCAGGUCUGAACUCACUGCCAAAGUGUUGUAUCUCUCAUGCGUGAUGCAAUAUCCACUUUAUGGCACAACCAUGUAUCCAGUUACCUAUCGUGGCUACUGGUCUUAUGGUAAUUCUCUUAUUCUUGGAGUGAAUUGUGAUGGUAUAAUGCUGAUAAAAUCAGAAGACAAAUUUGUGCUCUACGAAUAUCGAUAUCAGGAUGUUGAAUCUAUUUUAUUGGAUCCUAGCGAUAGUUUUAUUACAAUUGGUUUAUCAAGGCAUACAGAUAGUGUUUCACAAAAUCAACAAAGAUGUUUUGUAUUUGAAACUGCUCAGAAAAAUGAGAUUGCUUCUUUAAUUGUCAGUUAUUGCCCUGCUUUGGGAGUCUGGAUAACAGAUAAUGAGGCGCCUACAAAACGAUACAAGAGUGUAACUAAUGAAGAUCGUGUUAGGCUUUACCAAGUUUAG